CCGCUGGAGAAGCUCUUCUACCUGCCCCACGUGUGCAGCUACACGUGCCUGUCGCGCGUGCGGCCGCUGCGCGGUGACCAGUACCGCAGCCGCAACCCGCUGCUCAUCCCGCUCCUCUACGACUUCCGCCGCAUGACAGCGCGGCGCCGCCUCAACCGCAAGAUGGGCUUCCACGUGCUCUACAAGACCCCGUGUGGGCUCUGCCUCAGGACCAUGCAGGAGAUCGAGCGGUACCUCUUCGAGACGGACUGUGACUUCUUGUUCCUGGAGAUGUUCUGCUUGGAUCCUUACGUGUUGGUGGAUCGCAAGUUCCAGCCCUACAAACCCUACUACUACAUCGCGGACAUUACCAAGGGCAGGGAGGACGUGCCUCUGUCCUGUGUCAAUGAGAUUGAUAACACCCCACCUCCUCAGGUGGCCUACAGCAAGGAGCGGAUCCCAGGCAAAGGGGUCUACAUCAACACCAGCUGGGAGUUCCUUGUGGGCUGCGACUGCAAAGACGGCUGCAGAGACAAAUCAAAAUGUGCCUGUCAGCAGCUGACUGUGCAAGCAACUGGCUGCACCCCGGGGGGGCAGAUCAACCCCAACUCUGGAUACCAGCACAAAAGGCUGGAAGAAUGUCUCCCAACAGGAGUUUAUGAGUGCAACAAGAGGUGCAAGUGCAACGUUAACAUGUGCACCAACCGCUUGGUCCAACACGGCCUCCAAGUCCGGCUGCAGUUAUUCAAGACCCAGAACAAAGGUUGGGGCAUUCGUUGCCUCGAUGACAUUGCUAAAGGCUCCUUUGUCUGCAUCUAUGCAGGGAAGAUCCUCACGGAUGACUUUGCUGACAAAGAGGGGCUGGAGAUGGGGGACGAGUACUUUGCCAACCUGGACCACAUCGAGAGCGUGGAGAACUUCAAGGAGGGCUACGAGAGCGACGCCAAGUGCUCCUCGGACAGCAGCGGGGUAGACCUGAAGGACGACGAGGAGGAGAACACGGGCACGGAGGAGCAGGAGGAGUCCAACGAGGACAGCUCCGAUGACAACUUCUGCAAGGACGAGGACUUCAGCACCAGCUCGGUGUGGCGCAGCUACGCCACGCGCCGCCAGACACGCGGCCAGAAGGAGAACGGCCUCUCAGAGACAGCCUCCAAGGACUCAGGGCUCACCCGACAGCUCCAGCACGACGAGGCGGCCGUGGCUGCCUCCUGCAAGCUCCCGGUGUCGGAGGAGAGCUCCAAGAACAAGGUGGUGUCGUGGUUGAGCUCCAACAGCGUGUCUGAUGGCUUCCAGGACAAUGACAGCACCUCCUCCUUCAAGAUGAGUGAAGGGGGGGAAGCCAAGGCCAGCAAAGGGGAGAUGCCAGGGGAGAGGGAGAAAACCUGUGCUGCUGCCCCGGGAGACGCGGAUCGGGAGCUGAAGGCAUCAAAGAAAGACGAACCUGAGGACACAGCCAAAAUUCCCGGGCUGGGCGACUUGGGAAGGAUGUAUGGAUACAACCCCAGCCCUCCCAAGCUGGAGGGGAUCCGGAGGCCGACGAGCAAGACCGCGCUGCUGCAGAGCAAACGGCUUUCUCUUGCCUCGCAGUCCACCACGGAUGACGUGCUGACCCUGUCGAGCAGCACCGACAGUGAGGGUGAGACCGGCCCCGCGGCGGCGGGGCAGGCCCCGGGCACCAACGACAGCGACGACAUCCAGACCAUCUCCUCGGGUUCCGAGGAGGAGGAGGGGGACGAGAAGAAGAAUCCUUCCUCAGGGUCAGGUCCCAUGAAGAGGCAGGUGGCUGUGAAAUCCCCCCGGGGCUUUGCCCUCAAGUCUACCCACGGCAUCGCCAUCAAAUCCACCACCAUGGCCACGGAGAAGGGCGAGAGCGCGCCGGUGCGCAGGACCACGCGCCAGUUCUACGACGGGGAGGAGUCCUGCUACAUCAUUGAUGCCAAACUGGAGGGGAACCUGGGCCGCUACCUCAACGUGACUCCGGCUUCUCCUCCCCUCUGGAAUGGCCUCUUCCCUCAGCCUGGUCUUUCACUCCCCAGGAGGAUUCGUGCUGGCACGGAGCUGACCUGGGAUUACAACUACGAAGUGGGCAGCGUGGAAGGCAAAGAGCUGCUGUGCUGCUGCGGGGCCAUCGAGUGCCGCGGGCGGCUGCUCUGA